GGCGGCGGGCCGGAGAAGCAAGGAGGCAUGGGGAUGGGCAGCGACGCUGCCGCCGUGUUGUUCCCCUUCUCUACCACCACCACCACCACGUCGCCGCGGCUCUGCGGCACCGCCGUCAGUAGUCACAGGAGGACAAGCAUCCCACGGCCACUCUGAAAAAGGGGGGAAAAAUUGCUUUUGCUCCUCUGAAGGUCCCGUCCAGCAGAUGCCACUUCUGCUUCUCUUCAUAAUACCAUCAGUCGCCACCACUCCUGGAUCUCUACAACAUCCUUUCUUAGUUCAUACAGUGCUUUGUUAUCAUUUCCUAGAGAGUGAAAUUUCAUUACCUGUUCCGUGGUACAAGCAGGUACUAGCAGCCAUUCCCUGGAACAGUCUGUUUCAGACUUUCAGUCAGUUGAUUCUUCAGCAUCCGCUGUUCUUGGGAGGGAGAGUGAGGCAAAGGCAAAAUGGUGUCAUUACAAGCAAUGCACUAGACGUUUACUACACAUUGCCAACUCAAGAUAUUUUCAGAUGUCGCUGAGGAUGUGACCGUAUCGGUGGAUGGACAGUCGUUUCUCCUGCACAAGUUCCCUUUAGUAUCUCGGUGUGGACGAGUACGGAAAAUGGUAGUGGACUCCAAGGACCCAGAUCUCCUAAAGCUGGAGCUUGUAAAUGUACCAGGGGGAGCUUUUGCAUUCGAACUUGCUGCCAAGUUCUGUUACGGUAGCAAUUUCGAAAUAACCACGGGAAAUGUGGCCCAUCUGCGAUGCGUUGCAGAGUACUUGGAAAUGACGGAGGACUAUCAAGAGGAGAACCUCAUUUUCAGGACAGAGACGUACUUGAACGAGAUCGUGCUCAAGAACCUCGAUAAAUCCCUGGAAGUCCUUUGUAAAUGUGAUGGAUUGGACCCAGUAGUGGAGGAAGUCGGGCUUGUUGAUAGGUGUGUCGAUGCAAUCGCGGUGAAUGCAAGUAAGGAGCAGCUGGUUUCAGGUUUGGCUCACUUGGAAUGUGAUGUGGGAUCUGCAAAGCUGCGUAUGCACUGCCAGGAUUGGUGGGUUGAAGACCUUUCUGCAUUGAGAAUUGACCACUAUCGGCGUGUGAUUGCUGCAAUGAGAAGAAAUGGGGUCAGGCCUGAGAGUAUUGGCACCUCUAUUACUCACUAUGCCCAAACAUCACUCAAGGGUGUCGAAAGACGACAUGUAUGGGACUCAGGUCCCUUUGUCGGAGACAGUCAAAGAAUGAUUGUUGAGACACUCAUCGAUCUGUUAGCGACUGAAAAUAUUACAACGGUUACUUUAUCCUUCCUGUUUGGCAUGCUGAGAAUGGCAAUUGAAGUUGAUGCAAGCCUAGACUGCAGAAUCGAAGUCGAGAAAAGGAUUGGCCUUCAGCUGGAGAUGGCAUCACUAGAUGAUCUGCUGAUCCCCUCCACGCAAACAAGUGACUCGAUGUUUGACGUUGACACUGUCCACCGUAUAUUGGUGAACUUCUUGCAGAGGAUAGACGAAGAUAGUUCAGGAGAGUUGUCACCUUGUGGAUAUGACUCUGACGGACUCAAGUCUCCAAGCCACAGUUCAGUCCUGAAGGUUGGAAGACUAAUGGAUGGUUAUCUUGCAGAGGUAGCACCAGAUCCCUAUCUGAAACUGCAGAAGUUCAUGGCUCUGAUUGAACUGUUGCCAGAUUAUGCACGCAUUGUUGAUGAUGGACUCUAUCGUGCCAUCGACAUAUACCUGAAGGCGCAUCCAUCUCUGACGGAGUCGGAGUGCAAGAAGCUGUGCAAGCUGAUCGACUGCCAGAAGCUGUCGCAGGACGCGUCGAGCCACGCGGCGCAGAACGACCGGCUGCCGAUCCAGAUGGUGGUGCGCGUGCUCUACUUCGAGCAGCUCCGCCUCAAGUCGUCCUUCUCAGGCGGCGGGUCCGGGUGCGUGAGCGGCCUCGGGCUGGGCGCCGACGGGUCCCUGUCGCAGCGGUUCGUGUGCAGCAGCAGCGGCGUGCCGAGCUCGUGCGUGUCGCCGCAGCGGGACAACUACGCGUCGCUGCGGCGGGAGAACCGGGAGCUGAAGCUGGAGAUCUCGCGGAUGCGGGUGCGGCUGACGGAGCUGGAGCGGGAGCAGGGGCUGAUGAAGCAGCAAGGGAGGAUGCGCGGCGGGGACGGCGGCGGGCGGCACGGCGGGGAGCAGGGCCGCGCGUUCCUCGCGUCGCUGUCGAGGGGCUUCGGCCGCAUCACCAUGUUCGGCGUCGGCGGCGGGCCCGCGGCGGCGGACAGGAGAAGGAAGAAGAGCGGCGGCAGGAGCUCCCAGUGCUCCGACGGCAAGGCUCGCAGGCGGCACAAGGCGUCCUUCGCCUACGACUGAUGCAGUGAAGCUUUGGCAUCGUCGACAAUGGAGGCAGGCGGCGAUCGUGGAUGGAUGCCGUCUCUAGCAGCCGGAGGAUCGGAGAUAGCAGGCCAGUGGGCUGAGGAUGAUCAAGACUGCGUUUUUAGAUGUUGGUGAAGGCAGUUCGUCACUCAGACGAACAAAUGGAAUGGAUCAAGCGGAGGUUUAUAGCAGGAAUUGCUUGUGCUUGCGACAGAUUUUAGCAGGAACAACGCAGGGUAACGAAAUUAGCACCAGGAACUGCUAGUGUCAAAAACUUGAUGACUGUAAUAUAUACACUAGUCUAGUAUACUACUUUUUAGCCUGAAAUUUGAAUGCUUGCCUUCACUGGAUUGCAUUGCAUCAUGCAUCCAUCCAUCCUACAGCUUUAAAGCGCGAAAA